GUAAUAUUUUAUUUACAAGUGUCGCGGAAUUUGUUUGGAUUGGUGGUUGCAUUGUAUUUGAAAGGAAGUAAACAAUAUAUUAUCUCUUAUUUCUUAUGGAUCGUUGCAAAAGUGUUUCGAGUGCCAGAGCACCGAAGAAAUCAUCUGGUCCAAUGGGAAAUGAAUUUUUUCCAUUAGGUGCCAAAGGCGGUAGGGAAGAUUCUAAAAAAGGAGUAACCUCUAAAGGCAACUCGCUGGUGCCGGAUCGUAAGCGCGAAGCAACUACUUCAGCUUCAAAUACUAGUAAAAAGGCAAAAUUAAUGCGAUUUGAUGAAAUGUUUGGAUUUCCGAUACAUGGAUCUUGGGACCAAUACGCGAUUGAUUGUGAAACAACAGAGUUAAUAACCAUUAUAAACGAAAUUUGUAACCAGUUAGAUGAUAAUGCUCUUCGUGUGUUAUGUGGUUCAGUAAAGCAUCUUAUGGAACCCUAUGCUCGGAGCAAAUUUGAUUACGUACUUUAUUUAGGGCUGUUAUAUUUGUCAAAACUGCAACCGACGGCUUUCAGUCAUGACAUUCUCACUUCAGCCCUUCUUUACUUAUUGAGAAGAGAAGUAAAUAUAAAAAUAAAGCAGAGUCCCUGUUCUCAAGCGAUUGCCUCAAAUUUGUUAACCAAAGCAUAUUGCGAUAAAAUGAACUGGCCGGAGCAUUUUAUGAGAAUUUACAUAGAAGAUGCCAUUAAUGAAAGAAUAUGGACAGAUAAUGACUUAUGUGCACCUUUUAUUAAAAAUAUUUGCUCCGUUUUUAAAACAAAUAUUCCUCCCAACUGUACCAUGCAAUUUGAGCCUUCAGUUUUUGGAGUAUCAACAAGUCAACAACAUCGAGAUAUGCCUUUAUCCUUGGAAGAUGAUUCUGGGGACGGUAGUUCAAACACUAUAGAAUCAAUAGGCUUUGGAAUAGAUGCUGAGUCACCAUAUUUUGUUCUUAAUAGGUUUUCCGACACAGAGGCAGUUGUAGAAAAAAUGGUAAUUGAUGCAAUAAAGGAUCAACUAAAUAAGAGGCAACAAACAGACUGGUAUACUCGGAACUUUUUAAAGUUUUUAUGUUCAACUGCAGGCUUAAGCGAAGUUCGUUACCUGAGUAUAACACGUCUUGAGUUAUGGAUUCAUAAUGCUAAACUUAUUAAACAUGCACAACAACUGCUGUACUAUAUUUGCUUUAAUAUCAAAGAAACUAUACAAAAAGAUCAUGAAGUUCUUGCCAAUCUAGUUAAAAUACGACUAAAAGCAAAACCUUCGCUGAAUAUGUUUUUGUUGUGCAUUAAGGAAUUAAUAACUCUGCAACCUAACGUACUUAAACUAAUACUGAAGCUUGUAGUUCAAAACGAACUUUCAAAUACUAGGAAUCCAAAUAAUAUGGGAAUGAUUGCUACGAUGUUUCAGGUGUCACCGGACCAAUCCUCUCAUAAUCUGGCUGAAAUAUAUAAAGAAUUUUUAUUGCAACGUGAAGACUGCUUGCGUACAUUGAGAGUUUUUUUACGGGAGCUGCUGCGCGUGCUACGCUAUGAUAUGAACAUUUUAAAAUUUUGUAAAUCAUUUAUGAAUGAUAAAAGUGAUUUAAUGGAACAAGUUGAGCGAUCGGAAUUCAAAGAUAGAAUUUUCCAUUCUAUGGUUGAUAUAAUUUGUCUUUGUAUGCUGUUGUCAGUUUCCCCACAAAUUCGUGAAGCCUGCAUUUUACUUAGGUCUAACAAGGAGAUGAAGAAUAAUCCAUUAUUACUGAAUUUUUAUACACAAAUGUCCCAAAUCCAGUUAGAAGCAGUGUCUUGGAUGUACGAAACGGUUCCUAAUCUCUUCAAGAUUCAAUGUUUGGAGUACAGUCAGGCACUACACAAAAUUUUGCUCCUGGAUAGCCCUGAGCAAUAUUCACGUUGUGAUCAAUGGCCCUCAGAGCCGGAACGGGGAACAAUACUAAGGAUUGUCUCAGAAACUCCUGUUCUUGAAGAUACUCUUUUGAGAAUUAUUCUUAUAGGUAUUACUAAAGAUAUACCUCUAACAGUACCUGAGACAAUAGAUGUGAUUAUGAUGGUCAUUAAAAGGGCUGCGUCCAUGAGAACUCUUAAUUACCCUGCAAUACAAGCUAACAAAUAUGAUGUAAUUGACUUUCUAUUUAAUAUGGUGGAAUAUCAUUAUCCGGAGAAUAUAACUUUGCCACUGGGAUACAUUCCACCGAAAUUUGCUAUAACUGUUUUAUAUUGGAAAGCAUGGAUUAUAAUGUUAAUGAUUUCCGCUCAUAAUCCAUCUACCUUCGGGGCGUUUUGCUGGAAACACUAUCCUACUAUGAAAUCUUUGAUCGAAAUGUGUAUUACUAAUCAAUUCAUCGAACAGAAUGCUGGUAAAGAGGAGCUACAGAUGGUUUCCUUGGAGAGGGAACAAAUUCUUCAGCUGGAAUCAUAUUUGGCAGCACAAACUUCACAAGCCAUAAUAACUGAAGAGAACGCAAUUUUAAUAUCGCAGUUAAUGCUAAUGGACCCAAUGGGACAAGCUCGCAGAAUUCCAAAUAACGUUUUAGAGCAAGUUAAAGGAUUAAAUAAGACAUUAAAGUUGGGAUACCUUUUAUGUCGAUGUCGUAGACCUGAUUUACUACUUGAUAUAAUCCAAAGACAAGGUACAACCAAGUCUAUGCCUUGGCUUUCAGAUCUUGUACAAAGUAGCGAAGGUGAUUUUAGUCAUCUGCCAGUGCAAUGUUUGUGCGAAUUUAUGUUAUUUAAUGCAAAUUUUGUUAAUGAUGAACAUUCCCGGGACGGAGAAUUGGUUUGUUACUUGAGAAACCUUAUAAUGGAAGAACAAGCUCAUAAAACAACAGUAUGUGAAGUUUUAGAUUACAUAUUUAGAAGAUUGUCAUCAACAGUACAACAAUCGCGCAAUGCUGCAAUAAAUGGAUUAAAAAUUAUUUUUAAAGAUAAUACUAAUCAAAAUGAUUGGUUACUGAAAUCUAUUCCCCAGAUACCAUGUUUUCAAGAAGCAUUAUCUUUCAUAAUACCUCAAUUGAGAUCUGCUUGUCAAGUAGAGAACUCACCUUUAUUAAUAAUGUCCUAUAUCCAAUUUGUAGCUGCCCAUACUAUUAACGAUGGAGUAAUCGACAUGCUAGACCACGUUAUUGAUAUGGCGCAACUGAUUGUGGAGCGGAGUACAAUGUUUCAGCAUAUUAUACCAGCGACUGGGGAUUUAUUGCUGGAGUAUAACAGCAGCAGCUUAGCUGAAUAUCAGUUUCAAACAUUAAAAUGCCUUUUCGUCAUGUUCAACAAUUAUAUAAUACGACUAAGAGAGCACCAAGAGCCUUAUGAAUGGACUGAAUAUCCUGACUUACUUAUGGUACAAUUUGAAGAUGGAGCUCAAUUGCCUCUUCAUUUAAAUAUAAUUCACGCAUUUAUAAUUUUGUUAACGCAGUCUAGUAGCCAAAUGCCUGAAUCUUUGCCAAUUCUUGACUACUGGUUUCCACUAGGUCGAAGGCCCCCGGUCGGUUUCUUACCUAAUAUGCCGCAUGAGGCGGUUCAAUUACUACCGGAUUGGCUAAAACUGAAAAUGAUUAGAUCUUCUGUGGAUCGUUUGAUUGAAGCUGCCUUACUAGAUCUUUCUCCAGACCAAAUUGUAUUAUUUGUUCAAAAUUUCGGAACGCCUGUAGUUUCUAUGUCAAAGUUAUUAGCCUUACUGGACCAUGCUGUAAAUGAGGAGCUCGAGUUAGUUAAAAAUGCAAUUCUCAACAAAGCGUAUUUAGCUCAACUUAUUGAAAUUCAACAGAAACGUGGAGCAAAGAAUGGACAUUUUACCGUAAAAGCCCUUGAAUUAUAUUCCCAUUCGCAAACAGUUCCAGACCAUCCAAAACAAAUUAAUACGGUCUUAAACCUGCUGAAUUUUGAAAAAAACAUGCAGCUGAUAACGCGUACCACAUCUUUUUAUCAAGGAACUAAAGAAAUCGAAGAUGUAAUUGGAAAUUUAUUAAAAGCUUCCCCAUACUCUUAUAAAAGCACUAGUCAAUUCCGAAGAUUACUUCAUCAUUUGCUAAAUAGAGAUCUUUGUCUUUCGAAAAAUAGAAGCGAAUUAAUAAUAAGUCAUUUAAAAAUGGGAUGGUUAUGUUUAAUGCGUGUCAUCGAUAAAUACAAGCAUUAUAUAUCUCAACAAACAACGUCGCAGGUAAAUCACAUGUGUACACUUUUUCGAAUUCUUCUAAAGCAAAAGUGUAUAACUUCUAGUGAUACCAAUUCCAUAGAAGAUAAAUUUCGUGAAUGUGAAUGGAAGACAGGGAUAAAUUCUAAAGAUAAAAUGUUUAAAAAAAGUAUUUUAAAUAUAAUUAAACGAAGGAAAAAUCGUAUUCUUAAAUCAUCUUCUAAUUCUGAAGUUAUAAAAAGUGAUGAUCUUUUGUAUGACACACAGAAUUUGUUCAGCUUAAAAAAAGAUAAAUUACCAGAAAUGAUAUCAGUGCAAGCGCUAUGUCAUUAUGGAUUAAUUGUCGAUCAGCUAUGUGAGAUAGAUCCUGAAUUCAUCCAUAUCCGUAAACAGAACCAGAUAGGUCGAUUAUUCACAAAAAAUUGCACAGAUUUUCGUUUUCAUAUACUUUCUCUAAUAUGUCAUCAAACGAGUUGGGAUGCCCUAUUAUAUACGUUAAAAUUGUUAUUGCAAGAAUCGCAACCGAAUAUUGAUUGUAGUACAGCCCUUAAUUUUGUGGAAGCGCUUAUUAAUAACCCAAAACUUUGGCAAGGCCGAGAUAAAAGUAUUUCGAAAACAAGUUUUCCAGAAAUAAUGUUUACACUUAGCGAAUACGAGAUGAGUGCUUUAGUUGGUUUUAUUUUGAACGAAACAGACUCAAACUCGCCCUCGGUUUUAGAGACUUAUGACUAUAAAAUUUGUUCACGUAUUAAUCUUCUUUUUAGAGUAACAAGUAAGAAAAACAAAAACAUUUCACAAUUUAUUGAAAAUGUAUUUAAUAAAUCAUGCCCUCAUUUGUUAAAAUUGAAAAUAAUUCACCAAAUGUAUCUCUUACAUCCUUCAAUUCGUUUCAUGACUCAUAAUAUAAAAGAACAAGUAACAAAAAUUUCCACAUUAAAAGGUUGUAAAGCUGACAAGGUCUCUAAUUAUUUAAUAACUUGUCUGGGAAAUCUCUUUCUUAGAAAGGAUUUCGAAACCCUUUCCAGUGAUAUUGAGAUGUUAAUACGAAAAUUUGCCGCAUCGCAUCCUAUUUUGUUUUUACGACAAUUGGGAGUCCUUUCUUCACUAAUUCAGGGUAGAGCUCAUUUAGGUGUUCGUUUAUUGCGCGAGGAAUAUCACUUUCAUCGGUUCAUACAAAUACUACGAGCACUUCAGCUGUUACAGCCUAUGAUAUUUGAUGACUGUUAUAAAACUGAAUUCCAAGCAGCGUUAGAAUGCUAUUUCGUUUUUUUUAAACAUCACAGCUUUAUAAAAGAGUCAUAUCAUAUAUUGUUGAAGUUUGUUGAACUAUUACAAGCUUAUAUUAAUUCUAAUCCAACUUGUGCUCUCUUAUUUAUUGAAAAAUAUGUUGGAAUUCUUAUGGAACUGUCUGUAAAGUUUAAUACUAUAACGUCAUUGCAGCAACUUGUACAAGGCAUAGCCCUUUUGCAGCAGAGAGCUAUAUCAACAAAACAGUUAAACGAUGAUGAAAACAAACAAGACUUUGAAAUAGAAGAGCCGGGAAACAAUCAAUGCUUCAUUUCAAACGAAGCUGAGAUAGUCGAAGUAAGUUCUACAAAUCAAUUUGAAACUAAUAAUAAGGGAGUUCAGUUUUCGAUUUCUACACCAUUUACUAAACCCAUUACACACUCCCAACAUUUUACAGAUCUUAUAAGAAUUGUAAAGAACUCAAGUUCCGAGGAAACAAUUCUCGGUCCUUUGCAAGAAAUAGAAAGCCUUACUUCGAAGCGAUUUUCGUAUUUAAAUGAAAUAUUUGAUAGGUUGUUAGAGCUAAUAUUUUCUCCUAGUGCUCAAAUACGCUCCAAUGCGUUUAUACUCUUAGUUCGUCAUUUGAAGCAUAACCCGGGGUGUUCUGAUAUUAAUCGAUGUACCCUUAAUGCAUAUAUUCAAUGUCUUAGAGAUGACAAUUCAUCCGUUGCCACUACAGCUGUGGAUAAUUUAGUAGAAAUGACCCUUCUUCUACAAGAGCAUACUGUAGAAAUUCUAUCCGUAGCAUUCACUCUGGGAAUUAAGUCACAAUUAAAUACUAGUACUCAAAUAAAGCGUGUUAUGCAAACAUUAAUGUUGCAACAUGGAUACUAAGUCUAUUGUAUACUAUUGCAUAAAAACUCCUAUUGGUAACAAUUCUCAACAGCGGCGAAUGUUUAGAAUGAAAAUAUAUGUAAAUACUAAAUGAAUAAAGAUAUAUGUAUGUAUGUAUAUUUUAACAUUAAACCAAUAAAUUUGUAUCUUCAAAUAA